AUGUCUGCCGAUUAUCUCAAUGAUCGUGAUCGCCCAUCGCCAUUGCGGAGAAAGAAGGACGAAGGAGCCACGAAGGAGGCUUCUAACUGGUCGUAG